AAUUCGUAGUUGCAUCUUCUCUGAAGAGAUUAAAUCAAUGUCUUUAUGAGUAUGAUAUGAAGAAUAUGGCAUAUAACGCACUUGCAAAAAUUCCAGGUAUUGGCAAGAUAACGAAUUAUGGAAAAGGGAAUGAACGUUUAAGUGAAGCGCGUAACCAAAAAGACCUUGCAACUUCUGCUUUGGUGUACGUUGAAGCUAUUAAUAACCUUGAAAUAGCUCAUGAAAAACAUCCUACUCUUGGUGAGAUCAAGGAAACCCUAACACAGGCACGCAAAGAAUAUGAAGAGGUCAAAAAAAAACUACCUUUAUCUGAAAUUAUCGAAAAUAAAUUUUUUAAGAAAAAUCAUGUUUCAAAAAAAAAAAAUCUACCUCCGGAUGAAGAUCAUGAGCCCAAUGAUACUCGACAAUUGGUUUGUGAGCUACACCGAGAAGAUGUAUCAUACGAGCAAAUGGAGGAAUCAUGCACAUCCAAAAUUGGUGCAAGAAGUAAUGGCGUAAUGGUGUUAUCACAUUUGCCAGAUUCAAAGAAAGAACUUUAUAGAGAUUUAAUGGAAACUUUUGUCAAUAAAAUUAAAGACUCAACUACUUUCCGUCCGUAUUUAUUGGAAGGUUUAUCUCAUAUUAUCCGUCAGGCAAACCCAAUACACCGAGAGCCAGAUGAUUUGGUUGGCAUUUUAAAAGUUUUAAACAAAAAGUUUGAUCCUCAUGUUCAGAAUAAGAACAAACUGAUUGAAAUGACGAGAACAUUGGGGCAGCUAUUUGAUGCGAUGGCUGAUUGUAAAGUACAAGAUCUUGAAUAUGAAGAAUUAUACAAACCCUUAUAUAAUAAUCUUAAAAGUUUAAAUAGCGAUAGUAAUCAAGAACUAAGUUAUCAUGCAAAGUAUGCCUGUCAAGCUUUAAUUUGCAUACCAAAUAAUAAAAGUCCAUGGAAGGAAUUCCUACAAGCCGUUCAAGGGAUAAUAAAAUUUGCAGGUGCUGUUAAAAAUAUAGACCCGGGAAAGCUACCAGAUGCCUUCAAAGACCUUAGUGAAGGGCUUGAAAGCAUUAUAAAUAUAACAGUAGAUUUGAUAAAAGAGAUUAAAUCAGUAAAAGAGGGAGUUGACAAUAUAAAACAGGACUUCAGCCUGGAGAUACAUCGCAAAUGGUAUUGGGCAUUACGAUUUACUGAUUUCUUUAUCCAAAGUCAUAAAUUUGCAAAUUCUGAAUUGGAUACUGACAUUCGCAAAGGUGCUAUAGACUUUUUAAAUAAUAUUUGUCAAAACAAAGAUCAAUGGGGAAGUCAUCCGAAGCUUAAUGAAUGGAUCUUAGAACAUUUGAAAUUACCAAAAUGCAUACAAGCUUCUGAUUCAUCAAUUCCAACUACCCUACUAAAAGAUAUUCUGUCUAAGCAGGCAUUAAAUAAAUCUGUGCGACCCACUCAACAGAGUGACUUGAAAAAAGUCAGAGGAGAUAUGUCAGAAUUAAAUGGACUAAAAGAUAAAUUCUUUUCAGACAUGAGUGAAUUUGAAGAAGACUUUAAACUGUAUGUCAAACUACAGGGUGCAUGGGAAGUAUCGAUUAUAAAACUAUUUGAUACUAAAAGAGAAAUGACUUCUGAAUGCAAAGAGGGUUAUGUAGAAGAUGUAGUUAAUAGAUUUUUAAAUUCAAAAGAAGAGCUGACUUCAAAUGAUAAAAAAGUUUUGGAGGUAGCUGUUAAUCUUUCGAAUUCAAUGUAUAUAACAUCUAUAAUAAAGGCAGUUAAUAGCUUUUUUGCUCCUGAGAAUAAAUUAACUUUGGAAGAUGAAAGUGAACUCAAAAAAGUUGCCAAUCAAAUUUUGGAUUUAAAAGUUAAUAAGGCACUAGAACUUCAGGAGAUAAUAAUAAGCAAAUUUUUGCAUUCUUCGAUAAAUAAAGAAUUAUUAAUGGAAGCGAUCAAUAAUGUUUUGAAGAAGAAUUCGAUAAUCAUAGAUGAUGAGGAUGUAAAAUUUCUGGAAAUAAAAGCAAAUACUUAUUCGAACUUAAAUGAUAAAAAAUGUAUGGCAAAUGAGUUUCUGGCUUUUAAAGCCAAAAAAAAAUUAGAAAUUGCCGUUAAUAAAAUAGUUUUCUCGAAAUGUAAAAAGGUACUAUUGAUAUUGGGCAUGGGGGGUACAGGUAAAUCAACUUUUUGCCGCCAUCUUGCUCGUCAUUUAUGGAGAAAAUACGACAAGUCAAACAAGUUGCAAUCACCUAUUCCUUUAUAUAUACCAUUAGCGCGACUUAAAGGAGCA